GCCCCAGUCCUGACUAAAAUAAGCUGCUGAUCUAACCUGAAGGAGCCUGAUCUGCUGGUGUGCAGACUUCCCUGAGAGAGAUCCAGGGGCAGACAGUUCCCUUUACCAGCAGGACACAGUAAGAUCUGACCCAGGACCCUCAAAUUCACCCUCCACGGGAAGAACGCUAAGAAACAGGAAGAACACAAAGAAGAGAGAUGAUUCAGUUAUCAUAUCAAGACUUGGCCAAGCAACGGCAACAGCAAGUGGUCUUAGUGAAUGGAGAUGGCGAGGGAGUGCGUCUGGACCUGGGGCGGAAGAUCAGUGUACCGAAGGACGUGAUGAUGGAGGAACUGCAGCUGAAGACGAACAGAGGCUCACGCAUGUUCCACGAGAGACUAAAGAGAGUGGAUCGGUUCACCGUGGAGAACGCUGCCCACACCACAAAAUCUGGGAGCCAGGCAGGUGAGGCGGGUGCGUCAGGUGCGGCAGGUGGGGCAGGUGAGGCAGGUGAGGCAGGUGAGCACGCCCAGGGGUCAGCAGAAGUAGAUGGCCUGCAGGAGGGGAUGGAGAACGGCCCAGCGGGGAGCCAUGUCUCGGGACCAGCCGGGAAAACCAGCUUGCUGGCAUCUCUGCAGCAGAACAUGUCCAAAAAAACAAGCCCUGACAAACUCGCUCCAGGUUAUUCUGGGCCUCUGAAGGGGGUUCCUCGUGAGAGGUUCAACUUCACCAUCAUCCCGAAGUCCUACCACUGCCCGUGGACGAGGGACAUGAGCAAUAUAAUGCUGGCCACUGUGACGGUCCAACCCCCUGUAGUUCCCCCAAAACCUAAACACUACAAGAGCUUCAACAGAGCCCCGACGCCUUUUGGGGGAGGCAGGAUAACCCCCGCUUUCGAGGACUUUGAGGACUUUGAGGAACCCAACCCGGCCUGGACUCGCAUGUGCCACCGCCCCGACUUCAACCGCGCCCCACGAGGGUGGGGGGAAUCCCCGGAGCUGUCUGGCACACCUCGGUCUUCUUGAAGCGCAUCCGCACGCCCGGGCACCAGCGGAACACCGUGAAGGGCCGCGCGCAGAUCUGCAACAGGCCGUGAAGGCUCCAUCAGUCUCCCGAGGUGCCUCAAGCAAACAGGAACAGCCACACAGCCCAAACAAACAGGGAAACAGCCACACAGUCCAAAGACGAAAACAGCCACACAGCCCAAACAAACAGGGAAACAGCCACACAGCCCAAAGAGGGACACAGCCCAAAGAGGGAAACAGCCACACAGCCCAACCAAAGAGGGACACAGCCCAAAGAGGGAAACCGCCACACAGCCCAAACAAACAGGGGAAAAUGCAUUUCCUUACCUUGCAUUCCUUGCCAUACUUCUCUUUGGUCUAUCAAAACAGAAACAAAUAAAAGGUCAAAACAUUU